AUGGAGAAAAAAGAAUACGAGCAUUUUUCUUCCCUUGGAAUUAUCUGUAAAGAUGUCAUAGCUAAAGGUGGAUAUGGCACUAUAUUAUUAGUUUAUUCAACACAGUACAAAGCAGAAUUUGCACUAAAAAAAGUACCAUUGAAAGGAUUUAAUCAACUUGAAAUAGAAACUCUUACUUCUCUUGAUCACAGAAACAUUAUCUCUUUAUACAAAUGCUAUAGAUAUAAUAGCUUCGUCUACUUAUUGAUGGAAUAUUGUGUUUCCGAUUUAGACAGUUUCAUACGGAAAAACAAAAACAUAGAUCCACAGACAGUUAGAAAAUAUUGUUUUGAGAUACUACAGGCUUUGAAAGCAUGUCAUGACAAAAAAAUUGCACAUGGAGAUAUUAAGCCAUCAAAUUUCUUAAUAGAUUCUUAUGGUAGGCUCAAAAUAUGCGAUUUUGGAUUAUCUUCACUCAUUAGGGAAUCUUUCUUAGCAAGCCGAUAUACAGGAACACCUUUAUUCAUGUCACCGGAAUUAAUUAAAAAAGAAGAAUACAAUGCAAUGAAAAGUGACAUCUGGGCGGCGGGCGUCACUUUUUAUUUCUUAGCCACACGUAAAUACCCAUUCAGAUCUGAAACAAUUGAUAGUUUGAAGGAAGUAAUUCUUACAGGCCAAUACAAAUCGAGGAAUAUUUCGGAUUUAGAACUGCAAGAUGUCAUCUCAAUGUGUUUGAAAGUUGAUCCGAAUGAUAGAGCAUCCAUUGAUGAACUUUUAAGCAUGCCAUACUUCAGGCAUUGCUACAGAUCAUCAUUACCUAUAUUAAAGGUUAAUUCUGUAAUCAAGAAUUCCUUGAAAGCCAAACCAACAUGCAGUGGAAGAGUGAAGCUUCCUAUGAAUAGGCAGGGUCCAAUAAAUAAGUGGUCAAGUUGUGUUCUUAAGCAUCCUAUCCAAGAAACUACUCCUUCCAAGCUUGCACUUAAAACCAAUGUGGUUAAUUUUAGUUUGUAUUGA